AUGAACACGAUUCGAUCAACCUGGUAUGGCUGGGGUGCUCUGUGCGUCGCUGGCGGCGGAGCCUACUACUUUGCGAAGAAAUCCAUCAACGCCGACCGGGCUGCCCGAUUUGAGGGCGAGAUGAAGCGCAAGGCGGAGAUGGCUGCGAUGGAAGCUCAGCACCGACGGCAAGCCACAUUGAACGAACCGACCCCGACCCCGACCGACUCCCCGAGUUUGAAACGCGCCAACAUGGCACGAUUCCAGAGUGCUACCGACGACGUAGCUUCGCCUAGCGCCGAGGCCAGCCAUGACCCGGCCCCGACCCGCCACGAACCCGAAACCGAUGCAGAGCGCGUGUUAGAGAAGGGGAAGUACGAAACCGCUCAACCAUUCCGGCCUCCCAAGGGCAAUCGACUGUGA